GCUUGUGUUGAGGUUCAAAGGUUAGUUAUUUACCGUCCUCGUGUUGUCGGUGGAGGAGAGUACGCACACUGUCAAGUUUUACAAACACGAAUCGUUAAAACAGUGUAGUGGGAAGAACCGUGUUCACGAAAGGUGAUCCAACUGUCUCGACAUGGCUCUGGAUUUCAAACCUGGAGAUCUGAUCUUUGCUAAGAUGAAGGGUUAUCCCCACUGGCCUGCAAGGAUUGAUGAGAUUCCAGAUGGAGCUGUCAAGCCGUCAAAUAUGAAGUUUCCCAUCUUCUUCUUUGGCACUCAUGAAACAGCAUUCUUGGGUCCAAAAGACAUCUUCCCCUACUUGCCUAACAAAGACAAGUAUGGCAAACCUAAUAAAAGGAAAGGCUUCAAUGAAGGCUUGUGGGAGAUUGAGAAUAACCCUAAAGUGGAGCUUAACGGACAUAAGGUAAUGGAUGUUGAAGCAGUUUCAGAUAAGGACUCAAGCAGCAGUAAAAAAGGGGAUGAUGAGAACACCAAGGAGAAGAGGAGAAAGUCAGCUGAAGUGGCUGGCAUUGACGAGGAGGAGGAUGGUAGUGGUGACAUGGAGGUUUCUGAUCAGGUUCAUCUGACAUCGGAACGUGUUGUUCCUGGUCCCCAGGACCCAUUACAGAAAGACAGCACAGACGUCUCUGCCAAAGUUAAAAGAGGAAGGAAGAAGAAGGAUGAAGCUGAGCAGGAUUCGAAUACUGAAAACACCACUUUGGACCAUCCAGGUGGACCUCCAUCACUAAAGCGCAGAGGAAGGAAACCUAAAAUUGAGAAACUGCUACUGCUGCAGCAACAGGCUUCAAAGGAGCCACUGGGGGGCAUAGCUGAUAUUGAGGACAAAACCAAAGCAUCAGAGGAGGAAGAGAGCAAGAAGACAGACAGGAAAAAAAGGAAGAAUGAGAGCAAAGAUGGAAAACAGGAAUUGGAAGGGAAGAGAAAGUGGCAAAGCAGAGGGGAGAGCUCUUCAGACACAGAAGAUGAAAGGAAACAGAGUGGAUUUGGGAUGAAGCAGAUCCCACUGGAGCACUCUGUAGAUGCAGACCAAGAGGAGCAUGCUGGCAAACCAGACCAACAGAAAGAAAUAGGAAAAGGUGAAAAGAGAGAUAACAGGAAAGGUGACAAGAGGAAGGAAGUUUCAACAGAAUCCAGACUCCUGAAGUUACAUGUGGACAUUAAGACAUCGUUGAAGAUUGAUAACCCUGAUGUGAAAAAGUGUCUAGGUGCACUAGAUGAGCUGAGCUCAUUGCAGGUCACGACUCAACACCUUCAGAGGCACUGUGAACUCAUAGCCACGCUUAAAAAGAUCCGCAAGUUCAAGGCCAGCCAGGAUGUAAUGGACAAAGCCUCAAUGCUAUAUAAUAAGUUCAAGAGCAUGUUUUUGAUGGGAGAGGGGGAGUCAGUGCUCAGUCAAGUGUUAAAUAAAAGUCUGGCUGAACAGAGACAGUUUGAAGACGCCAAGAAAGGAGUUCUGAAAAAAACAGAACAAACCAAAGAACAUAGUGAUAACAAGGUUUUGAAUGGAGACUCCAACCCUGAGGAGAAGGACAUUGAGAUGGAGAAGGAGAAAUCAAGAGAGGAUACCUCAUCUCUGGAGAAUAACAUUGUGACUAAUCCUGUGAAGGAGUCUGUCUGAAGUUUGAUGACUUUAUUUGUUUACUGAAGAGCCACUGGUCUCAGCUCAUUCAUGUGCUCCUUUAAAUAUUCGUACAGCCAUGUUUUUCUUUUUUUUUUUUUUUUUUUUUUUUUUUAGACAAACAGUGGAUUCCCAUGUUAAAGUUGUUUUUAAAAAGCAGUUUUCAGCUGAAGUAUUUUUAGUCCAGAAAACUCUUUUGAAACCACUGUUUCAUGAGCACGUUUUUGUGCAUUUACCAAUACAACAACGAUUAGCCGUUUAUUAGAGGAAUGUAGAGAUUACCAGACUUUGACAGACAUUGAAACCACAAUUUUAGAACUUGUUAGUCUGACUAAAUAAUUGCAGUCUCAUAUAGUAAGAGCAUUUAUCAUAGUUGCUUGACAGAAGCAUGUAUAUAGAGCAUCUGCUGCUCAAAACUUGUGUAGCAAUGUUAUUCUGUAUUGUCCCUGUCAGAUAAACAUAUAUAUAUUAUGCAAUCAUUUAAUGUCAUAAAUAAUUAGGCAUUCUUUCAAUUAAAAUAUUAGAUUGCCAAAAAUGGUUUGACAUUUUGUCAUUUCAUUAUGUUUUUAUUCAUAAAUGUGCUUUUUUAAAUUUGCUGAUUUGUGUUGAGUAGCUUAACAUGAGAAAUUCACUGGAGUAAAAAGUGUGACAACUAGCUUUGGUGUCCCCUAUAAAAUAAAUAAAAAAAGAUUUGCCCCACCCCUGGGCCCCUGCUGAAAAACUAAGGGUCACUUAUUUUGGGCUUGUUUUUUCAGCCUAAAUUGCUGGUUUCUCAUGAAAAACCUGGCAACACUGCUGUCUAUCUGACCUGUGCUUUCAUCUCAGCACUCCUGCUGUGCGUGCACAUUUAGAGUGAAGUUUUGUACACUUAAAAAAAAAAAAAAAUGUUUCACAAUGUUGUACAAGCCCACCAUUGAAGAAGGUUUAAAUGGAAAUAAACUGUAAAAGAAUAGUUAUAAAUAAGCAAAAAGGAGCAAUGGUAUUAAGAGUGUAAGACCGUAUAUUUGCAGAUGAUUUGUAACAAUAAUUGUAGUAUUUAUAGUAUUUUCAUUUAAAAAAUGUCGUUACCAUGGUAAAUUUUGGAAUUUUGAUAAAGUUUAGGUAUUUUUUUACCUAAACACAAAUAGGGGUAAAAUGUAUAAAGCACAAAUUGAAUGAUAAAGGAUGUUUGUUUGUUUGUUUGUUUGUUUGUU